AUGUUCACUUCCGAUGAUUGGACAAAUACUACCUUGGCUAAAGUCACUAAGGGGAAAGGGGUAGCAAAUGUGGUUCUCAUGAACACAUUUUGGAAUGACGUUGCUUAUUGUCUUAGGUCUAUGGGGCCAUUGGUGGGUGUCCUAAGGCUUGUUGAUAAUGAAAGGAAGCCGGCAAUGGGUUACAUAUAUGAAGCUAUGGAUAGGGCUAAGGAGGCUAUUAAAAGUGGUUUUAAAGGAAAUGAAAGCAAGUACAAGGAGAUUUGGGCAAUUAUUGAUAAUAGGUGGGAAUGUCAACUUCACCAUCCAUUGCAUGCUGCGGGACAUUUUCUGAAUCCAGAAUACUUUUAUGAUAAUCCGGAUAUGGAUCGUAAUCUAGAAAUCAUGGAAGGUGUCUACAAAUGUAUUGAUGUACUUAGUGAGAAUGAUGAAGUGAAUGAUAAAGUUACGCUUGAAUUGGCUACGUAUAAGGUGGCUGGAGGCUUCUUUGGAAAGAAACAAGCCGUAAGAGCAAGGAAAACAAUGUCUCCGGGUAAGUGA